AUGUCGAAAUCGGGCAGAAAACCUGGCAUGGAUAAGGAUAACCCGGACAAGAGGAAGUUCGGGUCAGUCAAAACUUUUGGUGGUGGUGGAGGAAAUCAGCUUGACACGGAUAAGCAACGGGGCUUAUCAUCCAUCCUCAUGGUGCGCGGAAACUCAGCCCGACCUCGAGAAGGAGAUGAUGUCCCCUUAAAAACUGUGAUCUCUAAAACCGACCACCUCGCCCGAAUCUCGAGCUGGGAAGCCGCCAUCCAGGACAACUUGGAUUCCGUGGAUUUCGAAACAGCCACCUCCGCCCUCGUCGACGAAGCGGUACGAACCCUGUCCAAUUGGGAGAACGAGGUCGGGUCCAUUCGGCACUUGGAGACGGAGCAACCCUCACCCUCGACGAAGGAAGUCUCGUCGCAGCAUGUCGACGAGAAAAUUUCGCCCUCCGCGAGACUCAAUCUUGUCGCGGAUUUGAAAAAGAUUAAGAAAUUUAUCGACCCAGAGGAUCACAUUACUCCUCGAAUCAUGAUUUCCGAAUUUGAACGCUACAUUUCCUCCAAGAAUCAAAUCCCUGUCCAGGAAACGACUCCACAAUCACCGACAACGCCACGACGUGUCCAAUUCGACACGCCGCCCAACGAGGAAACCGGAGUCGUUUACUACCCGCGUCGUCCGACCGGGGUCGUUGUGGCGAAACCAGGGCCGACGCCGAGAGGGCGGCAAGAUGUAGAUUUGCGCCUUCAACGACCCGGCGCGUUGACGACUUAUCGCGCAGAAAAUGAUAAGGCGACGCCAAGUGGGAGGGAGGAAGAGGGCGGUGGUGGUGGGGCCAAAAUGCCCGGACCGAAUACGGACUGGUGGAGGAGGAAGAUUCGCCAAGGAAUGAUGCAGACGGAGAUGCUGAUGAGCGAGCUGGUUCGACAGAGGAGGGCGGAUGAGAAGUAUUAUCAUGGAAUUAAUCCGUACAUCUAUGGUCUCGAAAUGUACCACCCUCAAGAACACGGCCCACCUUCAUCCCGCCAUCGCCAUCCACCCGCCGUGCUCGCGGUCCAAUCCCGUCUCCGCGCCUCGCUCCAAGAAUCUCGUCGUCGUCACGAAGAAUGUUUCGGAUCGUGUCCAACAUCAAGGACGAAAACUGUUCCGCAACAAGAGGAAGCCCCCGCUAAGAAGUUUCCUGCCGAGAAAAAACACCUCGUCAACACCGCGUCCGGUCGAGAUGACCAUGACGACGACGAAAGUAUCACGUCCGCCGCGGAAUUGAAGGUCAGAUCUGUCUCGCGUCCGGUCAAAAAUCCAAAAAGUGUCACAACUGGAGGAAGGAAUUCUGAUGUCAAAGUCAUUUUUGAACGGAAUUUUCGUACUGGUGGUGAAGAUAACCGUCACCCCGACGUGCUGAUAACCCGGGAUGAUAACCCGCCCCCACAAAAGAGCAGAGUUGCCACGAAGGCGCCAACGGAGACGGCAGUGGUGACGAAAAAUGUGUCGCUGUACAAACCUAAACAGGUCGUUGUGGUGGAUGCGGUGAAGGCUAAGGCGCAAACGGCGACGCAAAAGGGUCACUCAUCCAUCAAUCCGGAAUGGGUCGAACGUUUGAUUCAAGCGCAGAAAAAGCAUCAGAACAAAGAUCUCGUCGCGACCAAGAAACGCAUCGAAACCGAACGGAUCGCCACGAACGAGCUGUACUACGAGUUGAGGAGGAACAAGUCCCGGCUGGAAAACGAGGUCAACAUGGAAAAACGAAGGAUGGCUCUCAACUGGAAACUUCUCAAUCAGAAGAAAGCCCACGAAUCUGACUCGUCCGAUGAAGAUAUUCACCGUAAAAGUCGUCACUCGUCGAAAUCUCGCGCCAAGAAGUAUCCCACGUCACGACCGGCGACGUCGACCUAUUCUCCAAAAUUGUACUACCCUGAUAACCACCAAGAUAAGCAUGACCACCAUGACCACCACCACCACUCCGAGCAUAAGAAAAAGACGCCCAAACCCGCAUUUCCUCGGUGGAAAGAGACCCCCAAAGGUCUCUCCGACUGGUUGGAGGACGUCGUCGCCAAAGCGAAAGAACACAAGGACAAGGAACAUAACGUUUCAGAGGAAAAAGAACAAUAUAAACCUAUGAAACGGAGAGGGGAUCAUACCGGGUGGGCCCCGUUGGCGAAAAGUAUGCAAUUUUAAAAAGAUUAAGUUCGAAAUUUUGAAAUACAAUUUGUAGAAACAGUU